AUGGAGUGCAUCACGCCGCUGGACCCGGCGGUCCAGUUAAUUGCGAUCUCGGUGGUUUUUCUGGCCUUGCUUCCCUACGCCUGGACACACGCGCGUCGAUCCGAAAUCAAAGUUCGACCUGGCUUCUUAGAAACGGCAAAACUUGUUACUGGCUAUGCUCUUGUGGCAGCAACGCUGGCGCAUCUGGCUGCGUUUCUUGCGCGGCCCAACAAUGCGCCAUCGGUGGUCGCCGUCAUCCUAUCCCUGAUUGGCGCAGCUGGCGCCGUCAUGCUGUCAUCUGUGUGCCAUAAGAGAGCGCUCAAAUCGUCAAGCAUCCUUGUACUUUAUCUCCUCCUAGCAGGGUGUUGGAAUCUCUCUACCGUCUCGAAACUGGCGGCCGCCCAGCGCUUAGAGUAUCUGCAAUGCUUCGCACCCGUGAUCGGAAUCAUCCAGCUCGUGAUUUUAUUCCUCGAAUGCACCUCGAAACAUGAUGUUUUUCUGCCACAAUACAAGUCACUGGCGCCUGUCGAAACUGCGAAUUUAUUUAGCGCUGUGUCAUUUUGGUGGAUGAACAAGCUACUCGCAAAGGGAAACAAGCACAUUUUCCAAAAUGAAGACAUGCCGCCUCUGGACCAUCAUCUCCAGGCGGCUGGCUUGAGUGAAAUCACCAAACAUGCGUGGAGUACCAGAGCGAAACCCGAGACAAAAUGGACAUUAUGCCAAGUUCUGCUCAAGACACAUACCCGUCAAUUCAUCACUACCAUGAUCCCCAGGCUUUUCAUGGUUCUUUUUGACUGCAGUCAGCCACUGCUCAUCAAAGCCGUCAUUCGUUACGUCGAGUCACCUUACCGGCAGAGCUCUUGCUACGAGCGCUACUUGGUUCUCGCCGCCAUGGCAGUGUACCUUGGCUCGACAUUCUCGGGCUCUCAGUAUCUUUACAAAACUGCACGACUUCAGCUCACCGUCAAAAGCUCCCUCACAUCUCUCAUUUACCAAAAGACACUGGCCACAGCCGCGCACGCAGCAGACACCGGAAAAGCCACGACGGUAAUGAGCACUGAUGUAGAUGCCAUCGCACGGGCUCCGUCCAUGUUUCACGACCUUGUUGGCAGAAUACUGGAAGUGACCUUUGGCCUCCUGAUUCUGGGUGACCAAGUCAAGUGGCUCUGGCCCGUACCUCUGGUCAUUAUUUUCUUCUGCUCUCGAGUCAGCAAGUUUGUGGCCCAAAACAUUGGCCGCCGUCAAAAAGAUUGGAACGAGGCAACUGAGCGUCGUAUUGGCGCGUUGGGGUCUAUUUUAGGAUCGAUGAAGAGUGUCAAAGCGCUGGGCAUCACAGACGCGUUGCUGUCUUAUGUUGCCGAUCUGAGAAAACACGAACUUGCGCGGGCCGGAGAGAAGCGUUUCAUGGAUUGCCAAUACAACUCAAGCGCAAACGCUCUUGGACUCUUCUCCCCUGCACUCACAGUCGCGCUUUUCGCAGUCGUUUCUCAUGUAAGAAACGUUCCUCUGGAUACGGCGGUUCUGUUUACGACUGUCGCGGCCCUCUCCAUCGUGACGCAUCCCGCCAAUAUGAUCAUGACCAUUUAUCCACAAAUCGUUUCUGUUGCCGCCAGCUUCGAGCGUUUUCAGGAAUUUCUCAUGGCAUCUGCCCUGGAGGAUACUCGGAAGGUUGAUGUAGAGGACAUGCCAGUCAGCAUCCACAGUGGCACUGCCGUCUCGCUCACAAAUGUUACUGUCAAUGGCAACAAUGCCCAGCCAAUCCUAAGCAAUAUCGACCUCGAGCUAUCGUACGGAUCUGUCACCGUUUGCUGCGGCCCUGUCGGUAGCGGAAAGUCUGUUCUUGGCAAAGCAAUUAUUGGCGAACUACCCGCAGCGAAUGGCAUUGUGGAGGUAACCUCACGGAGAAUCGGCUUUUGUGACCAGGCGCCAUGGGUCAUGGCAGGCACAGUAAAGGAGAUCAUCUGUGCGUUUGCCUCGUCUGUCGACGAAGUCAAGUACAGAGCUGUUGUCAAAGCUUGCUGUCUCGACCAUGACCUCAGCCAACUGCAGGAAGGCGAUGACCUGUACAUUGGAAGCCGAGGCGUCAACCUGUCUGGUGGCCAGAAACAGCGAAUCGCACUUGCUCGGCUACUCUAUACCGACGAGCCUAUUGUGGUGCUUGAUGAUAGCUUUGCAGCUCUCGAUGGAACGACCGAAAGCCAAGUGGUCCAGAACCUGGUCGGACCUGCUGGGAUCUUGCGCCAGAACGGUGCUGCCGUCUUGUGGAUUACAAAUUCUGCCCAAUACUUCCAUCUCGCCGACCAUGUCCUCCUACUAGAGCAGGGGAAGGUUUCUCGGCGAGGAACGGCAAAGGAAAUGAGCACCCAUGUCAGUGCGCUGCGCAAAUUCAACGUGGAAGAUGACUCCCCUACUCUCGAGCCGGCCACACGCCUUACCAAGACGCAAGCCAAAAAGGACGCACAGAAUGAUCUGUAUCGCCAGACGGGCGAUAUUUCACUCUAUAAAUUCUACCUCAAAUCCACUGGCCUAGUGGCCCCAAUCGCCGUCGUUGGCACCACAGCGACCUAUGCCUUCUUCAAUACCAUAUCCACCUACUGGAUAAAAUACUGGGCAGAUAGCAACGGCUCUAACACUACGGUUUUUGCUCUGGGAUACGUCUUCAUCGCAUUCAUGGCCUGGGCGAGUACGUCCAUUCACAUGUGGACCACACUGUGCCUUCUGGCCAAGCGAUCUGGUACCUAUCUGCACAAUGCCCUUGCUGUCAAGAUAUUCGGCGCGCCUCUUUCAUAUUUUGUCGCUACCGAUAUAGGCGUGACACUGAAUCGUUUCAGCCAAGACAUUGACUUGGUCGAUCGACAGCUGCCCAACUCAUUUGCACGCUUCGCGACGCAAUGCUGCAAGAUGACGGCACAAAUCGUCAUCAUGUCCCUUGUGCAAACCGGGGUUGCUUUUGCGGUGCCUGCCUGCGCGGUCGUGGUUUACUUUGUCCAGCGCGUAUAUCUCCGGACGUCUCGCCAGCUUCGUGUGUUGGAUCUUGAGGCAAAAGCCAGUCUGUAUUCGGGCUUUCACGAAACUAUUGACGGACUACCAACAAUCCGCGCAUUUGGCUGGCAGUGUGCCGUCGAACAACGCAACAUCGACGCCAUCGACUUGUCCAUGCGCCCUGUCUUCCUCAUGCGUUGUCUCAAUAGGUGGCUUUUAAUUGUCUUGGAGUUGAUCGUCAACACUAUCGCAGUUUCAAUUGUUGCGUCGGCCGUCAUGGGUGCCAGUGGCCAAGGCACGCGUGUGGGUGUUGCGCUGAACUUGGUCAUACUGACAAAUACUACGCUCGUCAGUCUGGUUCUUAGCUUUACAGAUUUGGAGGUUUCUCUCGGUGCCAUUUCGCGCCUCAAAAAUGUUGAAGAAAUGACGCCGCAAGAGGACCUUCCCCAGGAGACAGCGACGCCCGAUGAGCACUGGCCGACUCGUGGUGAAUUAGUGCUGAAAGAUCUCGCUACGGGAUACAGAAUCAAUCACAAUGUACUCAGCCACGUGGAUCUGUUCGCCAAUGCUGGUCAGAAACUGGUUGUCUGCGGUCGCACUGGAAGUGGUAAGAGUACAAUUUUCAUGUCUCUUCUCAGACUGAUUGAAAGCACUGGAGCAAUUAAAGUGGAUGGAACAAACAUCUUGAACGUACCUCGAUCUGUCGUGCGCAGUCGCUGCUUCAUCGCCGUCCCACAAGACGGCAUUGUGCUUAAAGACGCAACGCUACGAUUCAAUCUAGACCCCACCUUGACAGUCGCAGACGAUGUCUUGCGAGAUGCCCUCAAGUCCACGGGUCUUUGGAGUGUGUUUUCCGCCGUGGACAACGAGGUCGCCGACAGUCUGGACCAGAAACUCUCCAGCCUCCCCCCCUUGUCCGCCGGCCAGCAACAGCUCUUUGCUCUCGCGCGCGCCGUUGCCCAGAAACACCGAGCGGCCGCGUCGCGCCCCUACUCCGACAACGAGCAAUGCCACCCACACCGCGCCAAGCCCAUUGUCCUCCUGGACGAGCUCACGGCCUUUAUGGACUCUGCAACUGAGACCAAGGUGUAUGAUAUUGUCGAAAACGAAUUUGUCUCUGAGGGACAUACUGUUAUUAUCGUGUCGCAUAGACUUGGUGGGCUUCUGGGAAGGCUGCGGGAGGGUGUGGAUGCUGUCGCUGUUCUCAAAGACGGGCGGUUGACUGUCGAAGCUGACUUCAACAAGCUCGCCAAUAUCGAGGGUGGUGACGACCAGAGCACUUCCUCGGGCUGA